AGUAAUCCUAUGUGAAGUAGUAAUGAUUAGCUUUAAAUCCCCAUUUAAAAUUUUGUUAGCUUUUUAUAUAAUUUAUGGAAAUAACCAGGAGAAGCGGUCAAAGUGAAUCCGUUAUCCAUCCAAUCUCCAUCUCCGUCUCCAUCUCACCCUGUAAAUUGAAAUUGCUCUUCCUCGAAUCUUGGUAUUCGUGGAAGCGACUGCCGAAGUGACCCUCACGAUCUCGCCACCUCUCUUUCUGUCCCUAUCUAUCUCUUCUCUUGCGUAUUUUCCAUUGUUGAAUUUGGAAUAUCGGAUCACCACAUGACCGUUUCCUUCUCUGCUUUGAAACUUUCCUAAACAAACCCACCUCUGCAUUUUGCUUUCUCUCAUCUUUUUCUUGGUGUCUUUUCUUGUCUCGAAGGGUAUAUUUGUGGGAUUUCUUGAUUUUCCUCCUUUUGACCCCAAAAUUAACCUACUUUUUUUGGUUUUACUAUUAUUAUCUUUUAUUGGGGUUCUCCCAUUUUUUGUUGUUUCUGGGUUUUGCCUUUGUUCUUCUUUUGCUUUCGAGACGUUUUGUGCUUUCUCUUUUGGUGACAGAGAGUUCAUAAACCGUUUUGGUCCUUUUGACUGUCACUGUUUGAUGGGCUGUUGUUGAUGUCUUUGACGGCUGGUGUGGAUUCGAGUUCCAAAAACAUGGGUCUGGAUGAGAGCAAUGAAAAUGUCUCGGAGACCAAAACAGCAGCAGCAGCGAAAACACCCGCGAAUGAAGAUGAAUCUCCCAGUGCUGGCGUUAGUAGACAAAUGAGUGACAGCUCCAUCUGUGCAACCGAGGAUGAAGAGGAAGAUGAAGAAAGGAAGAUUGAGUUGGGUCCUCAGGUCACGCUUAAAGAACUCUCUGAGAAGGAUAAGGAUGAUGAGAGCUUGAGAAGGUGGAAAGAACAGCUGCUUGCUGGUGUGGAUCUUGAAUCUGUUGGAGAAAAUCUGGAGCCAGAAGUUCUGAUCCUGAGCCUGGCGAUCAAAUCCGCUGAUAGACCUGAUAUUGUCCUUUCAGUCCCUCCAACUGGAAAUCCAAAAGGCUUAUGGUUCACCUUAAAAGAAGGAAGCAAAUACAGUCUGAAGUUCACUUUCCAGGUUAACAAUAACAUCGUGUCUGGCCUCAGAUACACUAACACAGUUUGGAAAACUGGCUUGAAGGUUGAUAGCGCAAAAGAGAUGCUUGGAACCUUUAGCCCUCAGGCAGAACCUUAUACUCAUGAGAUGCCUGAAGAAACAACUCCAUCUGGCAUGUUUGCUAGAGGCCAAUAUGCAGCUAGAACCAAGUUUAUCGAUGACGACAACAAGUGCUACUUGGAGAUCAACUACACCUUUGAUAUCCGAAAAGAGUGGCAGUCAACUUAAAACUCAGGGAGUUCCCACCUGCAAGAGCCACUGUUUUCUGUCCCUAGUUGAUCAUUUUACAAGUUGAAUCUGCUUUGGAUGUUAAACAUUCCUUGUUUUUCAUUUUCAUUUACUUUCAUGUCUGAGAUUGAUCUGGAAUCUAAGCAGUGAGGAGAAGAUUAAAUGAGAAUGCAUGUAAACAUUCGUUUGCUAGGUAUCUAUUAAUAAAAGUUUUGAGAAUUUCCUGGUUCA